AUGAGUUCUACUGCCACCGAAAUCUACCUCGGCUCCAUCAUGGAGGCCCGCAAGGUGCGCGAGCCCGACAAGACGACGCCCUUCAUGGCUCUGCCCAUCAUCGACCUGUCCGACAUCGACAGCCCGGACCAGAGCAAGCGCGACGCCCUGGCCUCGACCAUCUACGAUGCUUGCACCCAGGUCGGCUUCUUCUACAUCAAAAACCACGGCAUCUCCCGCCAGUCCCGCGAGAAGGUCACUGCCGAGGCCGGCCGCUUCUUCAAGGAGCUCUGCCCCGACCAGAAGAUGCGCCUCUCCAAAGCCCAUAGCGAGUACCAUCUCGGCUACUCGCCCUUCAAGAUGGAGGAGAAAAAAGGCGUCAGCCCGAUCCAUUGGUUCGAAGGCUUCCUCUUCGGCCGCGAGGCCGUAUUCGACCACGUUUACGGCGACAAAGUCGGCCCCAGCCACGACGCCCACAACCAGUGGCCCGAGGAGGACGAGCUGCCGGACUUCAAGGCCGCCUUAGGCAGCUACUUCAGCGAGCUGCUCACGCUGAGUCGGAAGCUGGCACGCAUCUUCGCGCGGUCGCUGAACCUCGACGAGUCGUUCUUCGACGCCAUGAUCGAUCGCCCGGGGUGCAUGAUGUCGCUCAACUACUACCCGGACCGAGCGCCGGACCAGCAUGACGUGAAUUCGGCCAUCCAGCCGCACACAGACCACCAGCUCUUCACCAUCCUGUACCAGACGCAGGGCGCCAACGCGCUCGAGGUCGCCAACAGCGACGGCGUCUGGGUGCCUAUGCCGCCCAUCGAGGAUACCUUUGUCGUCAACAUCGGCGACGCCCUGUCCAUCUGGACCAACGACGUGUUCCUGUUCACGCUGCGUCGCGCCGUCAACUCCUCGCGGAAAGAGCGGUUUUCUAUCUCUUUCUUCUUUGGCGCUAACCAUGAUGCCCUCAUGGAGACCCUGCCGUCCUGCGUGACCGAGACGAGGCCCCGCAAGUAUCAGAGUAUCACCGCCGGUCAGCACUAUAUUAACAAGAUGAAUCAUUUGCUCAUUGUUAUCGCUCUGUAUAAUACCGAGUCUGUUCAGACUCCCGAGUCUUUUCAGGCUAGAGAAUAUAGGUCUCUUCAGACUGCCGAGUCUGUUGAGACUGCGGAGUCUCUUCGGACUGCUUGGUCUUUUCAGACUACUGAGUCUCUCUGGACUUUAAGUCUUUUCAGACUGCCGAGUCUGUUGAGACUACUGCCGAGUCUUUCUAGACUAAUUAAGUCCUGGACUAUCUUUCUGCGAUCUGGGUUUUGA